AUCUCCCAUGAGCACCGCCGGCAUCUACCCGGAAGUAACUACCACGCUGUCUGCCUUCCACAUGCUAGCUUGCUAGAUUGCGAAGUGGACACAUCUACGUUUCAAGAUCAGUUAUUGGCGUCUAUUGAGAAAAUGUCUGCUGCUAAAGUGAAAAUGCGUCAGAAGAAAAUGAGAAACCAGCCCGCCAACGUGCAGUAUUCUUCCACGCCGGUUGAUGCGCAGGGAAGCAAAGAGUCCAAUGGUGGCGAUGGUGAUGGACCUUCUGGCCAAGAUCCAUCCUCAGACAGAAAGAAGAGCAAUCGCCAAAAGGGUGGGUGGGUCCGUGGACACCAGAAAGAUGGUGGAGGCUAUGCUGACAAGAUGCCUCUGCAUAUUACUGCUGGAUUCUUUGCUAAUGCCAGGGCAGCAGAGGUAAGUGCAAUGCUGAAAGCUGUUACCAAGACAACAGGCAGCUGUAAUAUAUUUGGAGCACUACCGAGGCACAUGAGGAGACGAGCAAUGAGCCACAACACCAAGCGCCUCCCUUGCAGGCUAAGAGAGAUGGCCAUCCGAAUGCGAGAGAAAUGCCUGCAGGCCAGCUCCAAAGGAAAGAAAGAGCAGAAUAAGACAAAGAGCCGCAAAGCUCGCCGCCGACAUGGAAAUCUGCUGCUGGAGUUCAAUAGGCGGCAGAGAAAAAAUGUUUGGCUGGAGACACACAUUUGGCAUGCCAAGCGAUUCCACAUGGUGAAAAAGUGGGGCUACUGCCUUGGAGAUAGGCCUACAUUAAAAUGCUACCGCCCCUGCUACAGAGCCAUGAGCACCCAUUGUCUACUCCAGGACCUGUCAUACUACUGCUGCAUCGAGCUCCAGGGAGAGGAAGACAAGCUGCUGGAAUUGCUGUCACAAUUGACCAGCAAAGAGGCUGGUCCUACAUUUGCACAAAGAUUGAGUUUGUCAGGACAAAGACAGGGCAGCGUGGUGCUGUACAGGGCAGGUCAGUUCCCCUCGCAGCCCCUGGGCCCUGUUACAUUCUUGUGGAGACCCCGUGCACAGGCCUCAAAUCACAGGCAACUGUGGAUCUGGGCUCAUCCCACUCUUAAAAUGGACAUCCUGCCUGAAUUACAAAGUGUGUGCCAGUGUCAUGAGGCUGUGCUCCUGCCGCCUGUGCCACUAGUGACGGACGCAGAGGUUGUCUCCCCCAUGGAAUCUGAAAACCCUGAAGCCCAACCGGUACCUGGAACCAAGAGGAAGCAAAGCCGUAAGGAUACCAGUGGACCUCCUGCUAAAAAGAUUCUCGGUGAUGGAACCAGACCGCCCAACACCCCUCUAACUUGGAUUUCCACUUCUACUGGAAUAGUGAUAAAUGAUCUCACAAUGGAGAUUGUACGGUAUCGACUGAUUGGACCUCAGUCUCAUACUGUGCUCAUAGAUGCCUUGGAAGCUGCAACAGAUUGUGAUGAAUUAAGCAAAUCACAGCCUUCCUGCCUCUGGUGGCCUGACCACUGUAAGGAUAAAAGCAAGAUGCAUCUGCAUCAGCAACAAACUGAUGUAUUUCACACACUGAAAGACAUCUACUCGACCACAGAGCUGCCCCCAGGCACAGUGUUGGGGCUGACAGUCGAUGACCCCAGGCUGACGAUACCACCAAAGAGGGUUAAAGCGUUGCCCUGUGCGAAGGAAGCAGAAGAGGUGGAUGAGAAAAAGAGAAAGGAAAUGUCCUUGUGUGGUGUACCAGAACACUGUUGUCAGAGCUUCCUGUGGGAACAGUCUGUGCGCAACAAUGUUACUGACAAUAAAAUCUCAGAACAGGAGCUGAACCGGAUGAGGAGCGAGGUCCUUGUCCCUGGUUCCAGGCUUACUCCCACUCCUCUGCAGGGUCGAAUCCCCAUCCUGCUGGUUCACCAGCCUGGCAAGCAGGUGGGACAUGAGAUGAACUCCUGGGGUGCUGGAUGGGACCUGCUACUUCCUAAAGGCUGGGGCAUGGCAUUCUGGAUCCCACUGGUGUACCGAGGAGUGCGCAUUGGUGGGUUAAAAAUGAGUCUGACACACUCUCGGAAUAAAGGUGCCCCCCACUUCCCCCAUGACUACCCAGACUGCCCCGCAGGAGCUCGUUUCCAGGAGGAGCAGGAGUCCAUGCUGCUUGAAAAGUUUAAAAGACAUCCGUCUGCCAAAAGAAGCAAUUACAUUAAACAUGGCUGCCUGGCCCCAUUCUGUUGCCCUUGGCAACAGCUGGCUGAGGAGUGGGAUCUUAUCGGAAAUGAGGCGGCGGCGAGGAAAGGAGCCAGUCAGACUGAAAGCACAUCAGUGAUAGAGUCGGAGAUGACAUCACCUCCUACACUCUUCACUGUCCUCAGAAACAUGAAGUCACUGAGGCUGCUGUCCGCUUGGUGCAUACCCUCUUCAUCCAAAGGUCAAAGGUCGUGCCGUGGGAGGGAAAUGGCGCCUCUGGACCACGCGGCCAGGCUGACUUUCCUAGCGAGACACGGGAUGAGUGUGGUGUGGGUCCGUCUGUCACUGCUAUCCAAGGGCCGACCAGACCUCCAUGCGCUGGUUAGUGCGCCCACAUCAGAGGACCUGAAGCUGCUCAGCAAAGGUCCCGGCAGCAGCGGGCCUCAGGAGCGCCUCCACCAGGACACUUUUAAAAGUACAAUCAAGCGCAGUAAGAAACGUACCAAGAAGGAUGUUCGGUCUCCUGCUCUGCCCGAGAGUCGAGACGUGGCCUCGGACUGUGACCCGGUGCCAGGAGUGUGGCCCAACCCGCUGCCAAACGUCACCUCUCACUGCUCCCGGGUGACACUGGGCUGGGUGACCCAGGGCGACUUCUCCCUGUCAGCAGGAUGUGGCGAGGCUUUGGGCUUUGUGAGCGUCAGCGCGCUCAUUCACACCCUCAUCAGUCAGCCGCUGGAACAGCGAGGAACACUUCUGCUACGCAACCCGUCGUCUCUCCACUACCGCUUUGCUAAAGUCAACAUCGAAGUUUGAGCUUCAUGCAGAACAAAACAGUAUUUUUGUAUCAUGGUUUGUUUUUACGCAAAUCUUCAAGUUUUGACUACACGAUGUUGACUGUAGACCAACAUGCAUGAGAGUUAUUUUUGUUAUUUUAGCACUCAAGAGGAUUAAACCUAAUCUGAACAUUUUCCUUUCAGUUAACUGGAUGCUCUAACGCAGUGCUUCUUAACCUUGUUGGAGGUACCGAACCCCGCCAGUUUCAUAUGCACAUUCACCCAACCCUUCUUUAGUGAAAAAUAAAAUGUUUUUUUUAUUUCAAAUUCAAGACAAAUUCAUAUGUUUUUGGUAACAAUUUAGUAUGAGGAACAUAUUCUAAGUAACAAAGACUUAAUUUAGAGUUAUUUGGUUAGGGUUAAGGUUAGAAUAAGGUAAUGCCGAAUAAGGCAUUAAUAAGUACUUAAUAAUGACUAGUUAAGAGCCAAUAUGUUACUAAUUUGCAUGUUAAUAAGCAACUAAUUAAUGGUGAAUAUGUUCCCCAUACUAAAGUGUUACCAUGUUUUUUUUACUGGUGCACAAAAUGAACCGUGCAUGAACAUCACCUUGUUCAAACAACAAAACCAACACAGUGCAUAAACUCACAUCAAAUUACACACCUGCAAACCAGUCUGCUGUUGCCGUAUCCGUAAUACGCCGAUAAGGAGAAGUUUGUAUUAACACGAUGAGUCGGGUGUGUUUUGACCUUCGCUGAACCACUGAGGCCGACUCACCAAACCCCUAGGGUUCGAUCGAACCCAGGUUAAGAACCACUGCUCUAUAGCUAUAUAAUCAUGUUUGUGUGUAAAAUUAUUUGAUCUUAAUGGCUGUUUAAAUAAAU